GAUCUUCCAAACUUGAAUUCUGGUUCAGAAAUUCAGCUUUUUGAUCAAUAUUGAAUAUGGAAGAUAACCUACCUCCUGGUUUUAGGUUUCAUCCAACUGAUGAAGAGCUCAUAACUUAUUACCUGACUCGUAAAGUUUCUGAUGUUCACUUUUCUUCAAGAGCCAUCACUGAUGUUGAUCUCAAUAAAUGUGAACCUUGGGACCUUCCAGGAAAGGCUACAAUGGGGGAGAAAGAGUGGUAUUUCUUUAGCUUGAGAGACAGAAAAUACCCAACUGGUCUUCGAACCAAUCGAGCUACAGAUGCAGGACAUUGGAAAACUACAGGGAAGGAUAAAGAGAUAUUCCAUUCUGGAGUCCUAGUAGGGUUGAAGAAAACCCUGGUUUUUUACAAAGGUAGAGCUCCUAAGGGUGAGAAAAGCAACUGGGUAAUGCAUGAAUAUCGGCUUGAAACCCAAUUUGCAUACAAGGCUACUAAGGAGGAAUGGGUAGUUUGUAGGGUCUUUCAGAAGAGCUCCACGGGGAAAAAACCACUUUCGGAUCCGACCUCAUCGAACCCAUCUCUUGAAUCUCCUUGUGAGGCAACUACAAUGGUGAAUGAUCAGCUAGGAGAGGUUGAAUUACAACAUUUGAAUAAUCUAGUGAAUUCUUCAAGCUGUUUGGGUGCUAUGUCUACCAAUAUUAAUGCCAUAAAUAACAACAACAAUAGCAACAAUGAUAACUAUUUGGGUACAAACUUGAAUAAUUGGAUUUCUGCAAGAGAAACAACAAACCAUCCAUUACUAUCUUGGCCUUCAAGUUUGCUUGGUUCAAAUGUUUCAAUGGAUUCAAUGAUUUUGAGAGCACUUCAGAUAGCUGGUUAUCAAUCAAGAGAAGCUACUACUGUUGGUGGAUUAAGCUCUAUUAUGGCACAAGGGAAUGAUGCUCGUUUAAUGUCUGAUUCAAAUUCGAAACUCACAGCUACUGCUUCCUCCAUGAUUAUGGAUUCUGUGCAGCAACAACCAUUCAAUCUGGAUUCUCUUUGGUGAAGCUGUUGCAAUUGACUAACAUUUACAACUGUAA